AUGGCACUGACCAAUCCACCGUCUUAUGCCAGCGGAACAUUCAGUCUAUCGACACCCUUAUUCUGGGUACCUACCUUGUUAUCAGCCCUUGUCAUUGUUGUUGGAUUAGCUCGUUAUAUGAGCACAAGACAUAUUCCUUGGCAAGACAUUUCAAGCUCUUCUGUAUCUCGUGAAAAGAGAUUGUCACCACUAUCUAAACUAAUCGUCACUCUAUCCUGUGUUGUUACCAUUUCUUAUUUAGCAGAUGCUGUCGUGAUCGUGCUUCGAACAGUUGUCGAUGCUGCAAGUCUGCCAAUUAUGCUCCUUUAUUACACAGGCGUCUCCUGGUUCGCAUGGGUUAUCUCCUUGGUUUGUCUACUGGAUGAAUCCCACAAGUUCUCAAAGUGGUACUGGCUUCAGUACUUGUUUUUUGCUUUAGCUGCUAUUGGAGAUACAGCUGUUGGUUGGCUUUGGACCAUAGGUUUCUACAAACCUAAUCCAGGCACUGUAUUUAGUACAUAUGAUCGUUUAUUACUCGGCGUCUUCAUUAGCCGUUACAUACUUGAACUCUUUACAUUCAUAUUCUCUGUGAUUCAAUUACUUUAUACCACAAGACACAUUCCUGCCACAGAGCCCUUAUUAUCCUCUCAGCCAACCUAUGGUACUAUCGAUAAUGAAUUGAGUACCAGUAAGCAACCAAACGACGAAAGCAAAGGAUUCUGGAACAGAUUCAUACGAGUCCUGCCAUUUAUUUGGCCUCACAACAAUUUUAAAUUACAACAGCUUGUUAUCAUGUGCUUCUUAUUGAUGCUAUUCAGUUUAGUCAUCAACGUGUUUACGCCUUUGCAGAUCGGUUAUGUCGUCGAUCAAUUCAAUCGAAACCCCACCAAGUUUGCUUGGGGUGCCGUUUGUAUUUACGUUGGCUUCAAAUUCUUGCAAGGAACUUCUGGCCUUAUCCAAGCAUUACAAAACUACUUGUGGAUUCCGGUAGGACAGUACACGACACGAGAGAUUUCGGUCAAGCUAUUUGCUCACUUGCAUAACCUUUCGCUUCACUUCCACAUCAAUCGCAAGACGGGUGAGGUGCUUCGUGUGGUCGAUCGCGGUACGAACAGUAUCGUCCAACUCUUGUCACAGAUUGUAUUUCAGAUCUUCCCUGCACUCGCCAACAUCGCCAUCGCUGUCGUCGUAUUCUCUGUUCAAUUCUCAAUCCCAUUCGGUGUCAUCGUGUUUGUGACCAUGGCACUUUAUCUCUAUGUGACUAUCGUUCUGACCGAAUGGAGAACUUCCUUCAGACGCAAGAUGAACGAACUCGACAACUAUGCUCGUUCCAAGGCCGUAGAUUCCUUGCUCAACUUUGAAACCGUAAAGUACUACAAUGCAGAAUCUUUUGAAGUCAACCGAUAUGACCAGGCUAUUGUCGAAUACCAAAAGGCAGACUAUAAGAACUCGGCUUCCUUGAAUGUCCUUAACUUGGCUCAAAAUGCAGUCAUCACUGGUGGUCUCCUUGCAGGCUCGCUCUUAUUUGCCUAUGAAGUCUCUCGAGGACGUUUGACGGCUGGUGCCUUUGUCACAUUUAACGUAUACAUGCUGCAACUCUACACACCACUCCACUGGUUUGGCACGUAUUAUCGUAUGAUCCAGCAAAACUUUAUUGACAUGGAAAAGAUGUUUGAGCUCUUUGAUGUCGAUCAGUCGGUCAAAGAUGUUGAAGGCGCAAGUGACCUUGUGGUGAGUGAAGGUCAUGUCAUCUUUGACAAUGUCUCCUUUUCAUACGAUCAGCGUCAGACCGCUCUCAACAAUAUCUCAUUUUCUAUUCCCAAGGGCGCCACUGUGGCUCUUGUCGGUCCCUCAGGUGGCGGUAAAUCAACCAUUCUUCGUUUGCUCUUCCGUUUCUAUGACCCUGACUCUGGACACAUUUAUAUUGACGGGCAAGAUAUUGCUCGAGUCAAACAGACGACACUUCGCAAGAACAUUGGUGUUGUGCCUCAAGAUACUGUACUUUUCAAUGAUACCAUCAUGUACAACAUACGUUACGGCAAUGUCAACGCAUCAGAUGAGGAAGUCAUUGCUGCUGCCAAAGCAGCUCAAAUCCAUGACAAGAUCUUGGCGUUCCCUGACGGCUAUGAUACCAAGGUCGGUGAACGUGGUCUUCGUCUGAGCGGUGGUGAAAAACAACGUGUGGCGAUUGCAAGAACCAUUCUAAAGGAUCCAUCCAUUAUUCUCUUGGACGAAGCGACCAGUGCUUUGGACACAACAACCGAGCGUUAUAUCCAGGAGGCGCUGGCUCAGAUGACAAAGAACCGUACUACGCUGGUGAUAGCUCAUCGUUUAUCGACUAUUGUCAAUGCAGAUAUCAUCUUGGUAAUUAAGGAUGGUAAAGUGGUUGAGUCAGGUAAUCACGAUGAGCUGAUACGCAAUAACGGCAUCUAUCACGAAAUGUGGCAAAAGCAACAAGAUGAUCCUUCUAGUGCGACAUUGACAACGGUCCCAGAAGAUGUCCUUGUGGAGGAACCUUUGACGAUCCCUACAGAUGUUCAAAAGCAGAACGCAUCGGAACAACAGGAGGCAGGGAAGCCUUCAUCUACAGAAGAAGAAGACGACGACGAGGAAGGAGCCGAGCAACAACAGGAUGCGAAUAAUGAUUCCAAGAAUACACAGACUACACCAGGUCAAAAGUCAUCAAGCAAUAAGCGUAAGAAGAACAAGAGGAGAAAGAGAACAAAGAGCAAUAAAUAA